ACUCGCCACAAUUCAAUGGGUCAGAUCUGAAUCUUACUUACCGUCAAAUUGUUACAUCAUCGAGAAAUGAACAAAAUCAGCAAUUAAAUCAAUCUAUCUCACACCCGAUGCCACAAAAUAAUCAUUCGACCAGAGAAGUAGUAGUCAUAGUCGCUCCUGAUCUUGCUUCAGCUAUCAGGGAAUUAAGUAAGCAUUUGCAACUAUAG